AUGUAUGGAAAUGUGAGCAGCACGAGCGCGCCUGGCCUGAGUGGCGCCCUUCCACCUGGAGGUCCUCUCGGCACAACACCCUCCGUCAGACUGGUUCUUCCGCCUCUGCAUGAACUGAGAAAGAAAGAAACACAGGAGAUUCUAAACCUCAUUCUGCCUCCGAGAGAAUGGGAAGAAGCCGGUCAGCUAUGGGUGCAGAGCGUGUCCACCACCCCGGCCACCUCCGUGGACGUGCAGCAACUUCAGGAGCAGCUAGACCUGAGGCUGCAGGAGCAGGAAGCCUUCGAGACUGGCAUUUGUCCUGUCAGACGAGACCUCUACACGCAGUGCUUUGACGAACUCAUCCGGCAAGUGACCAUUAACUGUGCCGAGCGAGGACUCUUACUGUACAGAGUCAGGGACGAAAUUAGAGAGACUCUGGACGCUUACCAGAGACUCUACACAUCAGCCUGUGCGUACGGCGUCAGGAAGGCCCUCAUGGCCGAGGAGCACAAGGUGAAGGUGGGCGCCCGCUGCGACGAGCUCCGCAAGCAGGUGAGCGAGCUGGAAACGCGGGCCGAGUCCCUGCGGCAGGAGAUCGAGCAGCUGCAGACAGAGGCUCAGGACGCCAGGAAGGCCGACGCCGACAAGCACGAGGAGACGAAGACGGUCCACCAGGCAAGGAUUGAGAUACUCAAGAAAAAGCUGGAGGGCAUCAUCAAACAGGCGACGCAGCCCAAGAAAUAAUUAUCUUCCAGUUCCAUAUCGCGGUUUUUACCAUGAUAUAACCCUUGAUACAGAAUUCGAGCUUUGUUAAACCUCAGGCCGUUUUAUAUUCUAUUGAAGAAAACGUAUUUGAAAAGAUGAUGUAACCUGGAAACUGUGCUUACG